GCCCUCUCCCUAUCACAUCUUAUAUAUACAACACCAGCCUUAGAAGCCGAGUCUACCCUUUUUGAGCUAAAAACUCAUUUUUUAUUUAUGAUUUUUUUCUGGGAUCGCCGGAAAAUCAAGAUUCCGGUAACCGACAGUUAAUUAAAGAAAAAUAAAGUAUUUUCGUAAGUUAAAUUAAAUGGCGAAAGGUCGAAAACUGACCAUCAGUAUGAGUGAAAGGUAUUUAGGAAGUUACAGUUACAAUAAUGGAAAUCAAACAGUCAACGAAACAUGGGAAUUUGGAGAAGACGAUGUUUGGUCAACCGUUGAUGAAAUGGUCAACGCUGGCGGCGGCGACGAUGAUCAUUUAAUGAACGGCGCUUGUAAUUCACGCGCGACCGCAGAGAGUGACGUCCGAAGUUUUAGGAGCAGCCGCCGAUGCCAAGCUGGAGGCGGCAGCAGCGGCGGCUUGUCAUUGGCUUUUGAUGAUGAUGCAGGUAAGGCCACGUCAUCAUCUCGGAUCAUUCAUCAGUUUCGUGGACAAGACAGCCUGGCAGCGCAGUCUCCACGUGGACGACACAUGGCGUCUUCGGCACCUGUGAAUGUUCCUGAUUGGUCAAAGAUAUAUCGAGUUGACUCAGUUGAGUCAUUUCAUGACUCGGACGACGGUGCUGAUGAUCAUGAGUUGGAUAUGAUUCCCCCACAUGAGUAUUUGGCUCGUGGAUAUGGUAGAUCUCGAAAAUCAACAACUGAUUCGAUGUUUGAAGGUGUGGGAAGGACAUUAAAGGGUAGGGACAUGAGUCGAGUUCGAGAUGCAGUGUGGAGCCAGACCGGGUUCGAUGGCUAAGUCGAUUCAUCAAUAGUUGUUGACAUAUAUAUAUAUAUAUAUAUAUAUAUAUAU